AUGAAUAGAACGAAGUUAACUGAUCUUCAUCAAGAUAUUUGGUUUGAAAUAUUCGGAUAUUUUUAUGUUGAUGAACUUUUACAUACGUUUGCUUAUAUUUUCAAUGAACUCGAUUCAAUUUUAUUCAAUAAUGAUCAGCUUCGGUUUCACGUUCGAAUUCAUUCGAACGUAACAAAAGAAAUUCUCACGGAAGUUAAUUUUAGUCAAAUCAUAUCGCUUUCCAUUGACGAAAUUGAAUAUGUUGACACAUCCAAUAUGGUUUCUUUACGAUCAGUACUUCUUAAUGGAUCGAAUUGUAAUGAAUGGAUGGAAAAUCUUUUACAACAAUUGACUUUCUUAACAAAUAUCAAGAAAAUAUCGAUUAGACUUUGUUAUAACGAUCGAGGUUCAUAUUUACUUGAUCUGGCGUUGCGAAUUCCUGGUUUAAAAUAUCUCUAUUUCAAAGAUUUGGCGAAUUGGGAAACGAAUGAUUAUCAUCAACCAGAAAUUCAAUCGAAAAUCUAUUCAAUUGAAAAUAUUCAUUGGAAUUUUUAUUGUGAAUUUGAAUAUGUUAAGAGAAUUCUAUUCUAUCUACCAAAUCUUCGUUUUCUUCAAUUGAAACUCCUUCGCGGGGAUGAAUAUUCAAAUGAAACUUUCAACGAAUGCAAUUUGAAUCAAAUAAAACGAGUUCAUUUAACAUUAUGCGAUGUUUCAUUCGAUCGACUCAUUUCAUUUCUUCAAACAAUGACAACUAUCGAAAGUAUUACUAUCAAUGGAUAUAUUUGGGGUAGAAAUGUCAUUUCUUAUUUCAAAAGUGAAAAGUGGAAAAACAUUUUGAACAUUAAUCAGAAAAAGAAACAGAUUUUUGUUGAUUUGGAUCUAAGACAAGAUUAUAGUAAUUUAUCAAAGGAUAAUAUUGGAACGAUUAAUUAUGAUGAAUUCGAAAGAAUGGCUCUUUGUGUUACUUCGUAUACGAUUAAAGGUGUUAUUAAUCAAAUAUAUCUGAAUGAUUAG